AUGGACGCUUCAGCCGACGAUCCUCGCAGGUAUAGCAUCCGUCGUUCGCCAUCUAUCGGCUCGUCCGCUGCCCCUGUGACUUCAGGACCGCGGGCUGGGAAGCGCAAGCUCUCCACCACAGCCUUCGGAUCCUCGUCGAGCAUGGGUUCCCACGUCCCUUCGUCACCCGCCCCGAUACCAUCGGAGCUUCCGACAGAAGGCAUUCAGAGCGCAUCGCAGGUGGCCAGCACCUCCCGAUCCACCAUCGACAGCCCCGACGCCGGCUCAGACAAGCCACUCAGCAGCACUAAUGCCCAGCCGGCUCAGUUCCCAGACUGGCAAGAGCAACGACGCUGCCAUUCCAUCCUCGCCGACUACGACUUUUUGCCGCCAUCAGAGGAUCGCCGCGAUCCUCGUAGCUCCAACACUUGCCUGGUGAUGCCGGUCUCUUCUCAGCAGCCCCAGGUCAUGGUCGCCGGCGUAGUCCACGGCCUGCACGCCAACGUUGCCAGCGCCGCUCUGCAGGGCGACGCCGACACUUCCAUGGUCGAUGGCCCGGCAUCACUGAGGGAGAGGCAAGCGACGGAGCCUCAUCUCGUACAGUUGCAGAGCUCACUCUCGCAAACCAGCACUUCGGUGCCACAGAGUCCCCAACGAGGUGUUUCUCCUUCUCCCUCCCUCUCUGACUUUGACUACCAGGCACAGCAGUCCCAUGUCCCGCAACGCUACUCGACACGCAUUCGACAGCCGCGACCCAGCAGCGCCGAUCAGAGUACCGUUGACAGUUUGGACAAGUCAACGCCCGACGUGCUGGCAGCCUCGGUGCAGCAGACGACCCCUUACUCGACGACGGCAGAAUCUUCCGACAGCGCAGUCGGUUCGCUGUCGAGCCUUUCCUCCAGAGCAGCCUCACAUCACUUGACAGAGGCCCAGCGGCAAGAGCCUCCUUCGCCGUCGAUAGCCGAGCAUGGGCCCGUUGCAUCUAGAAGCUUCCACCUUCAGGCCGUACCUCCAGCUAAGCGCAGGCGUUUCGACGACGUCUCCCCCUCGAGUCUGCACCACAGCCGCCAUGAGCUGCAGACAAUCGACGAAACACGACGAAGCAGCGACGCUGGCAUUGUCUUCCAGCAGACACAAGGUUACGCUCGCCUGGCCACUUCCGAGCUUCCGCAUACCCUCGAUGCCAGAGGUACUCUGCAUAUGGCGUCGUCCAAGGCAGAGGUUGUGAACACUCCGUCUCGAGUAGAGUCAAGUAUCGCUGCCACCUCGGGUGCGGGCCCCGUUGCCCCAGCGUCUGACCUUCGAACUCACGCAGCCAAGGAUCUUCCGGCGUCGAAGAUGGGCCCGCUCGCUGGACACGACACACCCAGCAGUCAUCGUGGUACCCACAAGGAUAAGGCGCCCGCGGUCCCAUCCAUGGCCCUACCUCGCAAGCAGCACGUCGCCUUUCCGCGCAGGAUGCCUCGCCUUGUCCGUGCCCAAAGUGUACCGAACUUGCGUGCCAAGGCGACGCUGGACAUCACCGCUCCUUCGCAUCAUCGUCUCAUCCUGCCCAGCCACUGGGCCGGCUAUGUCUCUUCGCACGCGCGACAAGGUCGCGAGGCAGUCGAUGGAUCCUCGAAGGCGUCCCAUUCGAGAUCCUCAAAGGGGUUCCCGUUCAACGUCACACACUAUCCUGUCGGCUCCAGCAGCUCGCGCUCUCGAUCGACCUUUACGCCCACCUUGCAUCCUCCCAUCACCCGCCACACGCUGCGCGAACUGGACCUCUUCGAGAUCCUCAAGAACCCUCAGCUUCGUCACGACGUCGUCUUCGACCCGAACGUCCAGUUCCGACCCAACUUUGACGGCGAGCGCGGACGGCGCAAGCGCGAGGCGGGCGAGAGGUAUUGGACUGCGGUGGUGCGAGAGAUCGAGACCGGUUGCACCUGCACUGCCUUCUCCCACGGCCAGCUCUUGCCCUGCACCUGCAAGGCGAAGGAUCGCUUGCGCAAGAUCGAGGCCAAAGGAUCCCGAGUGUCUUCCUUGCAGCAGUCACACAUCCCCUCGCGCAUCCCUCUGUUGGUCCAGGAGCUUCGCACUAUCUGUCUGUCCAUCCUGCCGUCCAACUAUCCCGCCGACACGGCCAUUGCCGAGGUCGACGAAGCGGCAUCGGCCUCUUCGACCGAAGAGCAAAAGACGGACCAACCCGUCGCCUCGGACGAAGCCAGCUCCUCGAUGAAGAAGAAAGUGGCCGUCUCCACAGCCUCUGGUUCAUCUUGGGCAACGACGCAUCACCAGCUCAUCGCUCAGACGCUAGAUCCUCACCUGAUCUCUCAAGAGUUGCAGCACGGCGUUCUUGAUGUUCCUGCCCUCAUCACCUUCAUGGGAUCCAUCCUCAAGCUUCACUGUGCCCCCAUGCGCGACGAAGCGAUCGAGAGGAUGGUAGAGGUGGUCUGCGUCGAUCGCAACAUCGGCAAGGGUCUGCGCCUCUGCUUCGAGAUCCUCGAGCUCAUGAAGCUCGACAUUGCCAACCACCAGCUCCGAUCCGCUCGCCCCUUCCUGGUCGAGACGGCGGUCGACUUCGAGAUCCGUUGGUUCAAGGAGCAGAUCGAGCAAGGCAAGAUGUCGCUCGAUCGCACCAACGCCUGGAUGCAGCAGGCGCUCAUUGCUUCGCGUCCGAGCGGCGACAUUUCACGCAGCGAGGCUGUGAUCAAGGCGUUCAACCACGGCAUGCUUCAGCUCAUCUUUGAAGUGCCAGGAUCGCUCCCUUUGGUGUCGCCCGUAGCGACGCCCCUCGGCUCGCCCUCGUCGUCGUCACUGAACAACACGUUCGCCUCUCACUAUCCUGAGACGUUCCAAUUCGACGCCUACCGCAUGAUGACAUUCCACAACGAUGUCUCGGAUCUGACGAUUGUCUACAUGCUCGUUCUGCUCUUCCGACAGCUCUGCAGUACACCGCUAGACAACCGCGGAGCUCUGCCAGCCUCUACGGGCAGUCUGGUUCAGAAGCAGCUCAAGACGAUCAAGGGCGAGAUCUGGUGUCUGGUCAACGACGCCAACUUGUGCCUGUCAAGCCCGGGCACUGCACCGACGACGCCGCCGGCUGCCAGUGCCACCAGCCGCGCUGCCGGUAUGGACGGAAAGCUCUUCCUCGGCAGCGGUGGCGGGUUUGUCAAGCUCGAUCACCCGCGUUGGCGCCGCGCGAUGCAGAACGUGCUCCUCCAGGUCGCAGCGCGCGCUGCAGCGGUGCAGACGGCCGCCCGCGCCGGUUCUUCGGACCCAAGCACCGUCAAGACGGCCGCUCCGUCGGCGGCCACGCAGAAGGUGCUCAACUCGUGGAUGGACACCAACCUGCGCAGCGGCUCGGCGCUGCACAAAAUCUGCCAGAACCGUCUCCGCGACGUUGUCCUGGGCAUGCUCGGCGACAAGGUUCGCGCCGGGUUGCAGUCCCCCUCGUCCACCGCUCUGCCGACCACCACUGCAGACAGCGAGGCUGACCGUCUCACCCAGAAGCGAGCCUCGCCCGUCGACACCCAGGACGAGUCAACGCCCUCGAAGAAGCCCAAGAGCGACGUGCCAGUUGCCGCCGAGGCCGUCGCCUCGCCCUGGGACGCAGCCAUGUCGCGCGCCGGCCUCGAGCCAUUCGCAGCCGAAAUCCGCUUGCUGUCGGAACGCAUCGCGAAAGUGGCCACCUUCCACCUGCGUGUCUUCCGCAACCUGUACGAAGGGAUCCAGUCGGGCCGCCACAAAUGUGUCGGCGGCACCCAGUGA